UAUUGCAUUACAAUGACUCCCUUCAUAAGUCUAGCUCUCGCAGCUCAUGGCCCACCGAAUAUUUUAGAACCACUUGUGCCAUCAUUUAGAACGACGACUACCACUUCUACCACCACAACAACAUUUGUUCCUUUAAUAUCAAAAAAUUCUUUUCAAGGCAUAAGUAUGUCUGAAGAUUUAGACAAUAUAACAACUGUUAUUGUUUUUGGAAAUAAUACCGUUUUAAGCCAAACAAAUCUUACAAAUAUUAUGGAUCCUCGUGGGCCUCGAUAUUCUCUGUCAUCAAUGAUUCUCAUGGGUGUUGUUGCUGGCCUUCUAAGUUUACUGACCGUUGUUGGCAAUGUCAUGGUGAUGAUCUCAUUUAAAAUUGACAAGCAGCUCCAAACAAUAAGCAAUUACUUUUUAUUUUCUUUGGCUAUUGCUGAUUUUGCGAUCGGUUUAAUAUCAAUGCCCUUGUUUGCUGUAUCUACAAUACUGGGAUACUGGCCUCUAGGGCCUCAUAUCUGCGAUACGUGGCUGGCUUUAGAUUAUCUGGCAUCAAAUGCAUCCGUACUUAAUCUUCUCAUUAUAAGCUUUGAUCGUUAUUUUAGCGUUACAAGACCUCUUACAUACCGUGCUAAAAGAACGACCAACAGAGCUGCUGUUAUGAUAGCUGCAGCUUGGGGAAUAAGCUUAAUUUUAUGGCCUCCUUGGAUAUAUAGUUGGCCAUAUAUAGAAGGCAAACGCACAGUUCCGCAAUAUGAAUGUUAUAUUCAGUUCAUUGAGACAAAUCAGUAUAUCACGUUUUUAACGGCAUUAGCAGCCUUUUAUUUCCCGGUUACAAUCAUGUGCUUCCUAUAUUAUCGCAUUUGGAAAGAGACGAAAAAACGUCAGAAAGAUUUACCUAACUUACAGGCUGGUAAAAAAGAUGCAUCUAAGCGAUCGAAUUCAAGUGACGAAAAUACUGUUAUAAAUCAUACUGGAAUGCUGUCAAUAUCACAAUUAGGUGCUAACGCAAAUGAUCAUGACAUUUGGAGGCGUCCAAGAUCUGAAUCUUCCGCGGAUGCUGAAAGUGUUUACAUGCCGAAUAUGAUUGUUGAUUCCAGUUACCAAGGAAUGAAUUCCAGAAAAUCAAGUAUUAAAAGCAUAAAAAUUAAAAAAAAAACAUAUCCAUGCAUUGGUAGCAUAAAAGAAUGGUGCAUCGCGUGGUGGCACUCAGGGCGUGAGGACUCAGAUGAUUAUCCAUAUGAACAAGAAGAUCCAUCUGAUAUUGGGUGCCAUUCUAGUAUGAUGCGCGAUACGUAUUCUUUAGGUGGAAGUGUAAGCGGUGUACGGCCACCGAGUAUAUUACUACCAGAUGUUUCACCUAUUCCACUGAGGCAUCCACUAACACCACUAUCUCAAGUUCAAGAUAUAGCAUCAGUAGCAGGAACUCGUGAGUCACGAUCUUUAUGCAAUAAUAAAAUCGGAACACGUUCAGUUAGCCAGGAAUCAGUUUAUACUAUACUAAUACGAUUGCCACCAGAUUGUGGAAAUACGAGUAAUGGUGUAGAAAUGACACCAUCAAUCAAAAUGAUACACGAAGACUCCCCAAUUCCACCCACUAAUUUACUUCCACGUCGAACAUUACCAUCUCGAGACUCGGAGUACAGUUUGCCUCUUGGGCGUCGAAUGUCACAUAUCUCUCCUGAUGUUAGAAUCCCACUAAAUGCAAAAAUAAUUCCUAAACAGUUGGGUAAAUCUGUACAUGCUGCAGGAAGGAACCUUGGAAAGAAAAAGAAAAAAUCACAAGAAAAACGCCAGGAAUCCAAGGCCGCAAAAACUCUAUCAGCAAUACUUUUAAGUUUUAUUAUAACAUGGACUCCAUAUAAUAUUUUAGUGCUAAUUAAACCACUAACUACCUGUUCUGAUUGUAUACCAAAUGAGCUAUGGGAUUUUUUUUAUGCUCUUUGUUACAUUAACUCAACUAUUAACCCGGUGUGUUACGCUCUUUGCAACGCUUCAUUUCGAAGAACUUAUAUAAGAAUACUGACGUGUAAAUGGCAUACUCGAAAUCGAGAAGGAAUGGUUCGUGGCGUUUAUAAUUGAACAACUUAUUCAAAUAAACAAAAAAAAUAAAAAUCUAAAAACUCAAGUAUUGAGAACAUAAUUUAAAAACAAAAUGCAGAAAUGAUUUGAGUACAAUACUACUUAAUUUACAAAAAAAAUGCACAAUUCUACAAAUUUCAUUACUAAUUAUGUAUACAUUUGUGUUUAUAAUAAUAAUAACCUUCAUUUAAGGUUGAUGUCUUUACAUAAAAUUUUUUGUUACCCGAAAAUAAAUAUUGAUUAUAAGAAAUACCUA